GAGUAAGAAAGAAGAAACGAUAACAAAUUUGAUAUAAUGGAAUGGAAGCCAUAUUAUUUGGAUAUGAUGCUUGUACCAUUAGGGUUUGUGAUGACUAUUGGUUAUCAUGUAUGGUUGUGGCAUAAGACUAGGUCAGAGCCUUUUUCCACUACAAUUGGAAUCAAUGCUCAUGCUAGACGAUUUUGGGUGCCUACCAUGUUGAAGGAUAUUGAAAAGAAGAACAUUUUAGUAGCUCAAAGUCUUCGAAAUCUUAUAAUGGGAUCAACACUUAUGGCCACUACAUCAAUCCUCUUAUCAGCUGGCUUAGCCGCUAUCAUAAGCAGUACUUAUAGUGUGAAAAAGCCUCUUGACGAUGUUCUCUAUGGCGCUCACGGCGAAUUUAUGGAAGCCCUAAAAUAUGUGACACUUCUUACCAUAUUCUUAUUCUCAUUUUUCUGCCACACUCUUUCAAUUAGGUUUCUCAACCAAUUAAGCCUCCUUAUUUGCACACCACAAGAUGCUAUUUCCUUAGUGACUCCUGAUUAUUUGAAUGUGAUUUUAGAGAGAGGAACUACUUUGAACACUGUGGGGAAUAGGAUUUUCUACUCUGCUCUUCCACUUUUGCUUUGGAUAUUUGGUCCAGUCUUGGUUUUAUUGUGCUCUUUGGCUAUGUUGCUUGUGUUUUACAACCUUGACAUUGUUUGUGGGAGUGCAAAAGCAAAGAUAUUACUUAGUGAUGAAAGCAAUUAUGUCUAAUGUGACUAGCUAAUUGUAAGAAUAUGCAAAUAGAUAAAACUAAAAUAUUU